AUGGAGUCUUGUCUCAAACCAGCCUUGUGUCCGCAAGACCUCGUUGAUGUCCACCUUCACUCCCCUAAAGUCAGAAAAGAGUAACCGGAAUACAGACGCGUCCAACGCUUCUCGCACAUCAACAAUAAGGCCCAGCAAGCAGCAGUACAGGCUCGUUGAAGACGUCGAAGACCUGCACAGAUACUGCCCCGGAGGAUACCACCCCCUAGAGAUCGGAGACGACCUAAACAAGGGCCGAUAUCGACUGGUUGACAAACUAGGGUAUGGAGGAUACUCGACUAUAUGGCUAGCCCGGGACCUACACCGGGCCAGAUACGUGGCAGUGAAAGCCAUUACUGCUGAUGCUAGUACCUCUACACCAGAGGCUAGUCUUCUAUCCUCUCUGGGAAACUCACCACCUGGACUAGGAAGUGAGAUCAUCCCACGACUCUUGGGUGAAUUCUGGAUUUCCGGGCCCAAUGGGAAGCAUAGAUGUGUUGUUACUCCGCCAGCACGUAUGAGCUUGUUUGAUGGCAAAGAGGCAUCGAAUUUUGGUCUUUUCCACCUGGAUGUUGCGCGGUCAAUCGUUGCUCGGCUUAUUCGUGGGGUUGCGUUCCUUCAUAGCCAGGAUAUUGUACAUGGCGAUCUGCAUCUCGGCAACAUCCUAGUUCAAUUUCCUAGGGAAGUAAUCGAUCCCCUCUCCACUGCAGAGCUAUACGAGAAAUACGGCGAGCCCUAUUCCGAAGCCGUUGUUCGUCUCGACGGCAAGCCAUUAUCACUAUCAAAUAACAUACCCGCACGCGUGUUUAUUCCCAGCUGGUACGGCGUUCGCAGCAAUGAUAUAACCCUCGGAGAAGAAAAGAUCCUCCUCAGCGAUUUCGGGGAAUCUUUCAACCCACACGAAACAGCCAGGUUCUCUUCGAAGACUCUUCCUCUCCUUCAGCCGCCCGAGGCUAGAUUCUCUAACGAGCCUCUCUCCUUCCCCUCGGAUGUUUGGACACUUGCCUGUACCAUCUGGGAGAUUUUCGGCCAGCGGCCUUUAUUCGAGGCCUUUUUCGCUACUCCUGACCGAGCCUCGGGCUCAGGCGGGCCUAGAAAUUGUGUCGGAGACUGA